AAAAAGGAAAACAAUUGAAAAGAGAAAAUAAGUAGGAGACUGUUCGUGUUCGACGUGAAGAAAAUUUGAUCCGCCAGCUUCAAACGACGGAAAAAAUUAAAUAUUGUGCAUAAUCGAAGUGCAAAUCGCUAUAGGGCCAUUGCUUCCCGGGAAUCAGUUUCGCGUUGGCUGGCCAUAGAAGGAAAUACUUUUGGCAGGUCAGGUCAUUUGCAUAGGUGUUAGCUGGAAAUCAGAGCCCAUUGAGUGCGAAUGAAAAAAUCGCAGUGGAAUUAUUGAAAAAUAGUGUCAGCAAAAGAAAAGCCUGCUUCUGAGGUAUCUAUGUAACAGUGAAAGAAGGAAAAUACCUUCUAUGCGGUGGUGUUGUGUCCGAGCGACGGUCCUCUAAUUUGAAAUUUGCAGCAGCGGUAGCAAAUUCCAGACCAACUCGAUUGGCACCGGGGAGCCGAAAACAACCAAAGGCAGCAAACUGCCGCCAAAAAUAAUAGUCCGGACACAUCAAAACACUGUGGGAUCAUCAAACGAUUUUGUUUUGCGAGUGUAUCAACACGAAAGGGUGAAAUACGAGAGAAACAAAAAGGCAGCGCUAGUAAGCAAAAGUGUCCAAUUCGUGCGAGUGAAGCAAAUUGCUGCAGUGUAUCGUGAAAGGGAAAAAAAUCUUGUGUCAUAACAAAGAAAGAGAGCAGUGUUGUGUGCGCGCGGUUGAAGGGAAUUCGUAAUUUGUGAUCAAAUAGCAAACUUAGCAACGAGAAUGUAAAUCGACUGUUCAUAGUGGUGUGAUAUGGGCAUACAAUGUUUGUCACCGACGUGAUAUAUGCGUGCGAUUUUCAAUGAAGUAUGAUUUUGUAGCAUACACAACUGAAGAAGUGGGAACAUUUAUGUGAGAUAUAUAUUCGAGUAUCCAGACAGAACUGUUUUAGUACGGAUAAUAUAAAUAAAAAGGCAUCAGACGGACUCAGCGAUAAACAAGCCAACAGAACACACGACCGCUUCGGAAACGGCCAGCGCAAAGAGUGAAUGAGCGACGCAAAACAGAAAAGUUGAGAUAGGCCCAGAAUAUACGCCAGGCAAAAAAUGAGCAUUGAUCCAAGUAACGCAUCUCAAACGACAGCAGCAACAGCGUCAAUUUUGCCGCCAACUGGGGCCGAAGAAGAGGAAGAAUCGACAUUGGUCGAAAUUUCGCCUUCAUCGUCAUCGUCACCAACAACGGUAUCGUCGCUAUCGCCAUCAUCCCGAACCAGCAGUGCCAGUGUGGGUGACAAUGCCGAACCUCAUCCGGAAAUGAAUGUCGGAAUCAAACCGACACCCACGAUUGUGAUGGCUACGAUUGCAAACACAUCUUCGUCGGACUCUUCAGAAGCUAGCACCGUUGCAUUAGUAGACGAUCUAACUCCUCAGCAGCUACACGAUAAACAGCAGUCCCUACUAGCACCAGUGGCGGAACAGGUUGCAAGUGAUCACCCAUCGGAGCAACAGUCACGGCACCAGAUACCCAUUCAAUCCUCGUCGUCGCUGUCAACUCCGUCCUCAUCCGAAGAAUACGACGAAUCUACGGUGACCAGUAGCACCGAUGGUGCCUUGAACGUUUCCAACAGCAAUAGCCAACUGAACAACAAUAACACCGCCGCAGCAGUUAGUGAACAGCAAGUAGUGAUUCAAGCGUGCUCAAUCGAAGGUGUCCUUUUACCAUCGACGACGGUCACAGUGAUUACAAGUACGCCGGAACGUGUCCCAGAUAGCAAGGAGAAGGCAUCACAGAGCAAUGCACCGAUAGAGAUAGUACAAAUCUUUCCCUCCGCUGCGGCACCUAUAUUCUCGUCGGCAACGUCCUCUUCAUUUUCAUCUUCCUCUCCUUCAACCUCCACUUCAACCACAUCAUCAACGUCCUCGUCCUCGUCAUCGCCUUCCGUUUCACCGUUGGCAGUUGAUCAACAAAUUACGGCAAAAGAGUCGCCUUCAUCGCAAGUGCAAUCCAAUGAAAUGAAAGACCUAGUUCCUCGCAAGGCGGAACCAAGCAACGCUGAAAAAUCAACGGAUGAAACGGUAGACCAAGAGGUGCCCCAGCGGCAGGAUAUAAUCCAAUCUUCUACGAUUACGCGUCCUAGCAGCACAAGUGAACAAACCACCAGUGAGAGUAGACGGCGACGAGUUACAUUCCCGGACGAUGCACAUCUCGUCACUGGCUACCUGGAAUCGAUUAAUCCUUGGGAGAGUGAGCCCACCCUAAAUGUACCCGAACUGUUGGAGCUGUACAAAAGGUCCUGCGCCAAACAUGAUACUGUGCCUUUACCGGUAGUCACCGAGCACCUGCAGGAGCUUGAUCUUUCUCUACACCAACGAGUUCCGUUACUCUCACUGAAGGAUCAGAAUCUCAGCCAUGGGUCUUGCGAAGCUCUGGAGGAAGUAUUUAAGCGGGUGCAGUACCGAAGUAUCAAUCUGUCACACGCCGGACUUGACGACAAUAGUGCAAGCGCCUUGUUCAAUAUGAUCGAAUAUUACGAAGCAACCAAUGAGCUGGAUAUUUCCGAUAAUCUCGCUAUGACCAACAAAUGUUGGGUAGAUUGUAUAGAAAUGGUUAAAAGAAGCCAAGCGUUGAACGUCCUUAUUACUCGGGGACCCGGAAUAUCCGAACACUACGCCUCUAAUCUGGCAAAGGCGUUGAAUACUUCUGCUCUACAUACGCUCAAACUAGAACACUGCGAACUAGCUCAGAGGCCAUUGGUGAUAUUGUGUAAUCUGUUGAAGAGGAAUACGGUUCUGAGAGAGCUAUCACUAGCAUAUAAUCAGCUGACUUGGGAGGAUGCCAAAACUAUUGCGAGUUUGUUGGAGUCCAAUUAUCACCUCCAAUUGCUGGAUAUCUCAAACAAUAACAUUGGGGACAACGGCAUAGAACUAAUUGUCAACGCACUGAUCCAACAAUCAAACUACUUUCAAACAAUGCAGGAUAGAAAAAAGAAAGGCGAAUUAAGCAUUGCCGAUCUUUCCAGUAGUUUGAACAGCAUAAACAGCAACAAAAACUAUUUCCCGAAUCCGCACAGUCGAGCUUCUCAACUUUAUCAAUAUCAGCAUACGCCGAAAGGAACGCAUCGCAAAGACAGACAAAAAAAGAAACAACAGCAACUAGUAACUGUGCCCCGUUUAGCAAGCGAAGCCACACCACCGGUGCUAUUGGAUGCCACUCCAAUGACUCCACCACCAACGCCGGCUUUACCAAAUGCAAGCACCCCUUCGGAUGUUGUUUUCCUCACGUCGCCCAAAUUGCAAUCCCCAGCAGUGAUAUCCCAGGAAAAGGAACCGCCUCCCCCUCCAUCUCUCCAGGAGUACACCACACCAGAUGACUCGUUAGAGCUGCAGAAGCAGGACGCGAAUAGUACAAACGAUGAUAGCGGUAUUAAUAGUAGCGUUUCCAGCGAUGUGGACCAAACGAAUAGUGAUAGCAGCAAUGUGGCGUCAGUUGAAAUCGAUCAGAAGCAACUAGAAACUAGUUGCUACGAAGAAAAACAUUUGGUUACGAUGGCGCCAUUAUUGCCACCAAUAGCAUCCGAUGAACGGAUUGACAUGGUUUCAUCCCUGUUGGAGAGCAGUAGUCAAACAAAUAACGAUAAUCAAAUUGACUGUAGCUCAGUGAUUGUAACUGGUGAUAGUGUGAAUGAUAGUGGAGGUGGAAGACGGCAAGUUCCUGGUGAUGAUAGUGAACAACAACUUAUCGAACUAACAUUUGACGUUGAAAAAGAAGAACUGAUUGAUGGUCCCAAAAAGGCGAAACUUGCGAAGCAAGAUAUUCUUUUAAACAAGUUUGAGUCGAUAAUACCGGAAGACAAGCAUGUGAAAAUAGAAAUCGAGCAAAUAGAUCUCAAUCCACUCGAUAUGAAAGAUGCUAUAGAAGAAGAUACGCCUGAGAUCCGUGCUGAGGACUACGACGAUGAUGAAAAUCUCAAAAUUGUGGAGGAGAAUCUCCUAGUAGAUAGGAGCAUCAAUGAAAAUAGCAAUGCAAAGAAUAAUGAUCUAGAGACCAAAGACGAAGAUGGAGACAGUGGAGAUAAAAAUGGGACAAGCGACAACGAUGACAGUGCGUCUCUUGCUUUGAUCCCUCUAAAAAAAGAUGAGCUCCAAUUACGGCUAGAAAAGUCGAAGCAACAAGAAAAACAGGACGACGAAAUUGACUCUUUGACCAUAGCUCCUCUACCGGUAUCAUCAUUACAAAUUGUGGAUGAAACAAACAAGAUAGAUCUUACUCCGACUAGUGCGUCGGAUCAGUUGGCAACGAGCCCGCUUAAAAUAGUUGAGGUGGAAAUUGUGGAUAAGCCACUGUCUCGCUCUUUGGACAGCACUGGAUCAGCAGACUUCAACAGUUGCUUUUUAGGGGGUGAUCAACCACCGGCCUUCCCCAACGAAAGAUCAUUUAGUUCGGAAAGCCUUAACAGCGAAACUUCUGUUGACUCCAACGAUUCCAAAAGUAGCCUCAAAAUUAUUCAAUCAAAAUUUGCCAAUCGGAAUGGCACCCUCGAACGUCAACAGUCAAAUUCGAACAAAGAUGCACAACAAACCGAACAAUCACCGGCAGCGCCUAGUGGACUGCAGGUGUUGGUUUUGUGGAACAAUGAAAUUACACGUAACUCGUCCCACAGUUUUGCAGAGUUGAUUGAAAAAAGUUCUACACUGGAAAUCCUGAACGUGGGAUGCAACUUGUUGUGCAACGAUUUUGUCGCAAACAUCAAAGACAGCCUUAAGUGUAACAACAGUUUGACCAGUUUGGGCUUACAAGGGGCACAUCUGUCCGAUAACGGUGCUAAAGUGAUGGCGGAGGUGAUAGAGUUCGGUGGCAAUUCUACGCUUCAGAGGAUCGAUAUGAGAAACAACAACAUAAUGGCAACUGGGCUUGACUAUCUCAACGAGGCUCUAAAGUCGAACAAAACUGUGACACGAGUUGAUCUGGACGAGAUUCCUCGGAGAGCGGGGGACAACUCAUUAGAAGUGGGUUCGGAGUACUCAAGACUGCUAAACAACAUUCGUGCUCAAUGUGAACGCAACAAGCACCCCACGGAACCAACUGAGCCUAUCAGCACUUCAAUUAAGCGAGUUCGUGCUGCGCAUCUCAGUUCACGCAAAAUCUCGCUAACCUGCACAUCUAUACGUACACCGCCAAACACAGCGGCGAGUGAUAAGCACUAUCAACAUUUGCUGGAUCCGAGUAAGAAAAACGGUGGGCGAUUACGUUCUCCAUUGCCAAGUCCGACUCCAUCUCCCAUUGCAUCACCAGUGCCGAGUCCGUCACGCAAUCGGUUCCAGGUGACACGUGUCGGCGAGUCUACCGGGAGUGCUAGCAGUCUCACGAGUAUUAACAACAAUGCAUCUACCUCACCAUCGCCGUCAUCAACUGGUAGCUCGCCGACAUUGUUUUUUGCUGCCAAUUCACGUUUUCGUGUUGUAACUGUUGAAGAGCCACCAUCGUCGUCUGUGGCUAACUAUCGAAGUGGGAAGAUAUCAUCUUCAUCAUUAUCACCAUCGCCGCUUGCUACUAGUGGCGUAAGUCGAGUGCCACCGAGCAGCAGCAAUUCCGCACCCGCACUGUCGUCAUUCGUCAGUUCGCCAAAGUCAAGUCCAUCACCAUUGUCGCAGUCGGUUGCUACGAAUAUACCAUCUCCUCCGGCACUUGUUCAACAUCUAAAACAACAAACACCACCACCACUUCAACAGCACACACAGCAGUACCCUCUGCCUCCAGUGUUUACAACACAAGCGGCCCCACCGACAUCCAAGUCCAGGCAUACACGAUUACCUUCCACUAGCAGUACAUUAAAUGAUUCGAUCAUUUCGACGACCUCGAUCGAAAGUCCUGAUCUUGAAGUGAAGCGAUUCAUGAGUGUAGGCACUGGGAUGCAUAUAAGUAGUGGUACCGCACGGACGCAUUCCUCCACAAUGGAUGAUAGCUGCUGUUCGUCUAUCAGCAGCAGUAUCGACUCAAGCGACAAUGUUCACUUCCACAACACAUCGAUCAGUUCAGCGGACGAAAGUUUCGAUCUAGUCGUCAGUUCGCCCUCCUCGUGCUCGUUAUCGGUAGGAUCCGUUAGCACUGCACCCGUACUUAAAACACCCUGUGUCCAACCGUCGGACUGUACACUAGUAGAAGAACAGCAGCGAAUCAAUCUAACCCCUAACGAGGCUCCUAGCUUAAUCAACGUUAAUCUACUGAAGGUGAAAAACAACAGCCUUUCCAGUUUGGAAAUGAGUUCUCAGGAAUCGUUGUUCGAUGUGCAGGAACUAUUGUCGCUAUCGUCAUCGGGGGGUGGAACUUCGCUAGUUGGUGAUGCAACUAGGCUGGCCCUGCCGACUAGUGGGAAUUCCAACGAGAGCACUCUAACGUCUGUUCAAAGCCUAGGCAAAGACAAGCAAGCGGUAACUGGGAAGCCAACGGAAAAGCCGCCUCGUGUGCGCAAAACAUCGUGGAUAGCGUCUAUAGGUACCCAUCCAAAAGCCGACAGCAGCUCAACAGCUCUCUCCGGUAGCAGUGCUGGAAGCAGUUCCAGUAGUGGAUACACACCAGCCAUCGAAAAGUUACUAGCCAUCUUUAGUCCUAGUAAUUUGUUUUCCUCCAGUAGAUCUAGUCCGCCGAGCUCUGAGUGCGGUGCUGUACCGACAAGUGCUUCAACGGGUGCAAAAGAGAAUGCACCUACCGCGAACCCACCGUCGCGCAAGGAAAGUCCCAUGGGUGGCCUAUUUCAGUGGUCAAAAUCGCCUAAAGACGAGGAAAAAGUGCUAAAAGUGAACGUUUCGCCGGAAAAUACAAUCACGCCCCAGCAUGUUCAAUCGGCGAGCCAUUCGCCACAAACGCCUCAGUUACCAACGUACUAUGUGGAAAAUAUCUCAAGCCAACUAAAAGCGGAAAUAAAAGAAAACAUCUCACCGGAGAACACCGUCACGAACAAAUUGUUUGCAAAUCCAUUGCAACCUGCUCAAAUCACAACUCCAACAUCAACGUCAGCUGUUCCGCCACAUCCGAAAGUAAUAUUUCGCCUUGGGGAUGAUUAUGACGAAUCUGAAGACGACAUCGAUACUCUAACAAGCAAAUACGGCAGAGGAGCGGGAAACGGGGGUGGUUCCGCAGAGUUCAUCAAACAACCCAAUCAAGCACCGUCUACAUUAUUAGGAACUGGCACCGGAAUCAACACCACUACUAGUAACAGCGGUAUCAGCAUCAGCAGUCACACAGCAGCAGAAGGGACGCCCACAGCAACCGGCAUCUUACAAACUAGUCAUCUUGGUCAACUUGCGCGUGAUUCCCUAGUUACAAUGUUCAAGAACCCAUCGCUUUCCUCACAGGAUUCGAACCGGUCAAUUGAUUCACUGGCGGAAACAACCGUACCGACACAAUCGUCUGCACUAUUUCCUCCGCAUGAUCCAGGCGACAAGCAAUCCCAGUAGCGUACUUGGGCGGAACAUAAGAGUGUCGAAUUGUUGAUAUGAGCAAACCAGGUCCAGGUAAGCCAGGUUUAGUCAAUCGUAGCCUCCAGCAUUCAGAAGCGCUGUAAAUUUGGCAGGGUUUCGGAUGACAUGGUUUGUCCUGCUCACACGUCGUUGGCAUUUUAGGUUAUUCUACCGAUUGAUUUUGCAUUUUGUCUUAUCGAAGAAACAAGUAAUUGAUGUGCCUUCUUUAGAAGCGACCGGAGCGGCGAUAGAAGAACAAGAAACCAAAUUAAAAGAAAAAAAACGUUACACAAGAGAAAGUCUGGAAAAGAAGAGGCUAGAGCAUUAAGGCAGAUAAUAAACUACCAACCGGUGGAAGCCAUGCCGAGUAGUGAAAGGGUAAACGGAGUGGAGGACAAUAUGAUAUAGGUAAUGUAAUUCGAAGCUGAGGAAUUCAACUGUGUUUUGAGGUCUAACAAAUGCGAUUUACGCACAAGGUAUGAAGUAAAACAUGGCAGCUGAUACGGGAGUUAUGCUUGAUUUUAACACGUGUUAUAGUUACACUUAUUGUGUCGAGAAUAUUGCAUGUGGUAGAGCUACACUAGGGUGAUCAAAGUUAAAAGCAAGGAAUAUUUUGGUGGAGAAUAUUCGAGCGCUUUAAAGUCAUUUUGCGAGCUUUGGUUGUAAACCAUUUUCACAGAAAAAUAAUGGCGUUGCAUUAUUGUAGCUUCUAUUUUCACAAACCAUUCCGUAUCGGAGUAUGUAUGAACUGUCGAGUCGUUAGUUCGAGCUUACACUGUCGAAAUGUUGUUUCGAUAAGAUAAUCUAAAAAUAAUACGAACCGGUUUUAUAAUUCCACUGCUUCAAACCAGAUUAUUUUUUCCUCCUCUCCGACUGAGUGAAUGUUUGUUAAGAGUGAUUGUGUUAUCUGCAAAACUUAAUGAAUUGGUUGAGUCUCACAGAAAAAAUAUCACCAAUUAAAAAACACUAGCAAACGAAGUACUUAUACAAAAAGACAAAUUGAGUGCUGCGUCUAAACUACGAAACGACGAAAAAUGGAUUAAAAUAAACAAAACUAAAGGUAAUGUCAAAGUACUGAAGAAAAAUCUGAGUAUUAAAUAAAAUUAAAUGAAGUGAAAAGAAAGUGUAAUUGUGUAAUUUAAUCCUCUUUCAACACCAUUGUGAUAUUAGUUUUAAUCUACACGAUUAUUUUAAUAAACGAAUUGUAAGCAUAGAAGGAGAGGAUUAGAAUGAGUGAUUUUUUUUUAAAGAAAAUGCGAGAGUUUGAAUGAUUUAACAAAGGCAAGCUUCUGCCUAAUAGCGAUGGUUUCUCGGAUCGCUCCGAUGUUCGCUGAAUAAAACAACAUAUGUCUAAAACGCUAUCUAUACUCUAUUUUUGAAUACUUUUUGUAUUCAAACGUCAUAACUAUAAAGCAUUUUGUAUCUCCAUCAUCGGUAUCGUUUUACGAGAGUAUCAAUCAUCCCUAUUGUGCCAGCGAUAGCGUUCACAAAAAAGGGAAACGUGUGACAGAGACAACACAGAUUGUAGGAAAUCGAGGUCCCUUGGGUAGCACCCUACCGGUAUUAAGAACAUUUCAAAAUUCGAACUAGAGUUACAUGGGUUAGUAACAUACGAAAGGCAGCAAUAAUGAAGACUAUGCUAAUCUUAUUUCACAGCGCUUCUGGGCAGGAUUGUGAAACGAUCGAUGAUCUUGUCGAUGAAUUGUGUUUGCCAAUAUCCGCAUUACGAGUGAAUGAUACAACAAAUGAAAAAUAGUUAUAGAAUAGGAACCGAGAAAAUUAAGGUUUAAAUCAUAGCGGUAAACUGAAUAUAAAAAUGGCAAAAUUGUACUCCGAAUAAGGCAGGAUAUGAAAGAAGCACUUUUAUCGAAUUGGGUGUUAAAUUUUUUUUUUCAUUUUAUUUCCCUGUCGUUCUAUUACGUUCCAAUCGAAACUGGAUACUAUGUCUGUUUGUUACCCAAUUUACAAUAAUUGAAAACUAUUGCUAACCGCACUUAUGGAUUCAUUGUAGCUACUGAGUUCUACCAUCUCGAAUACGUGUCGCACGGGGUCCGCCAUCAGUAAACCAUUUAUCGCAGAAUUGUUUCAGCAAUAAUAAUUUCAAAGUCAGUGUUCUUUUUCUCAUGGUGGUUUCGAAAAGUACCAGGUAUGCAUCAUUAUUCUUAAUGUAAAUAUGUCCAGGGACUGUCUGAAAAUACCGCGCGCAGAUUUCUUCAACUCGAUUGCGGCAACUACGCACUCUUCGUUAGGCCGAAUGUGAGUGUUGAUUAGCUGACACCAUACAUCUACAUUUGGUUUGUAGUGUGUGAGUACGAGUGGUUACUAAAGAAUUUUACCAAAACAGUAACACUAGCAUGUUUCGGACUAGGCCACUGUGCGCAAACCUUGAGUAGCUUGACCACCGGAAACCGAAGUUGACGCAUUUCUGGAAUGUAUUCUGUACAGUAGUUGUCGGUGCCCAGAUAUGAACACAGCGCUGGAAGGUCACGAGGUGGUGGGAUAGUUGCCACAGCUGAAGCUUUGUCUGGAUCUGGUUUGAUCACAGUUCCAUCCAGUCUGUCCAAGACUGGAUACAUAAAAGCAGCAUUUUUCAAUCCUCAUCAUGAUCAUGAUCUCCUUGUGUACGUCCACCAGGUAGGCACAGGUACCAUUGUGACCACCGACUGUUGGAAUGCCAUCAGCACUGAUUUAAUACCCGGAGUGAAUAUGUGAUGAGCAAAUGUUGGUUCCGUGGAUCAAUCUCUACGUUCACUUGCAAUCUUCGCAAAUAUGUCCUCAGUUAGAGGAACCGCGUACUGGUUGGAUUUCAAAAUAUUAUCCACAGUCCCGUGGAGAAACCGGAACAAAUACGUACAGCUCCGUCCGACCUCUGUACUAUCCAUUUCGUGUGCUACGGUGUAAAAUGUAGACUUCCGAACGCAUAGUGUGGAACUCAGACUUUGGGUCCCCUUUGAGUGUUAGCAGAACUUUCGUGUGCAAAGUCCAAUGUCACUAGUGAAGAUCGUCGGAAACUAUACGCGAAGUGCUUGAGCACUGUGCGUUGAUGAAUCGGUCAACUCCCGUAGGCUGUCCGGUACGCCUCCAAAACUGAUCGAAAAUUAUUGUAUUGUCCGAAGCUGAAUCCGUCUGUAGCUGAAUCGGGACUUGGUCGUUUUGGAUCUCCAGAAGAGGUGGACCUCUGGCAGACAUUGUUGAUCAACACAUUCUCGAGAAAUCUACACGGUUUCGUUUAGUUUGGCGAUCAGUCGCAUGCGGAUGUGUUUUCAUGCUGCUCAAUCUUUCAUCUUUGUAUAUUUUGCUCUUCAUGCACAUUGUGUAUGACAAUAACCAGCCUGUGUAGUUGCCCAUGUGUUAUUGUUAAAGUAUAUUAUUAACCACCAUUGGGAUAUGUUCAAAAACUGUGAUAGACUGUGGAAUAUGGUUCUUGUUUGCGUCUAACAUUUCUCACAGUUUAUCUAGAUGUUUAAGUUCAUAUUUACUUGACUGACUUCAUGACAGGGCGGCACAAAUGCAUGCACCAAUAAUUUCGGAUUUCUGUAAUCAAUCAACGAAAGCAAACUAAACAAAUUAAUUUACGAAACUGCAUUCCUCAAUCUACUCCGUUGCGCACGAUGCUGCUCAACGAUCUGUUACUGAUGGAAAGGACGGGUUUUUAAUCGAUCGUUAUAAACUUCGGUUGCAUUCUGCUCCGAUGGUUGCCCACUCAGCGGUCCCUGGCGUUUAGAUGAGCAAAUCUCUUUUGUUUGUGUCGAAAGAACACCUGAUCGACUUACCACACUCAAUUAAACUAGAAGAUCUAUGCUAAACCUGCAACAUGCAAGUACUGAAAAAAUGGCUCCCAAUAGUCUGAACGGAUGUUCAGAGCAUCUUAGACUGUAAUAAGACUGAAAGUUUUGUCAGAGACGGUCGUAUGUUCCAGAUAUGAGAUGAUUAAAUUUAUUUUUCAUUUCUCCACAUGACGCUUCUCGUCUCACACCUUUUCAAGAAGCUCGCUGAACGGUCGUUUUUCUUUCAUACAAAUGAAAAACAGGAAACCAUAGUGUUAUUUAAUUCCGCUCCAAGCUGUUAAAUGUAAUCUGUACAUACGGUUUGUUCCUCUCCUGUACUUUAAUAUGGAAAUCUACGCAAACAACUCAAUGGUAAAAGUGCUUCAAUCAUAUUAUCAGGUGCAUUCAAAACUCACAUGUUCUACAGAAAAGUUUGUGUUGAACUGAAAAUAAAACGAAUAGAUUGCCCGUAGGCACAUAUUUCCAGAUUACAUAGGGAGAAUACAGCCUAUGCCUGUGGGUCUGAUGCGUGGUUUCAGGGGCAGUAAACACAGUGAAAACUAGUUCUACAAAAGUACAUAUAAAAUAUUCUUGUUACUUACAUUUCGGCUGUUUAUUUAUAUGAAAAAAGAUAACACGUUUCGUUUGUCCAUAGUAGAUAAGAGUACAUUUUUGUUGUGUACUUCGAAUUAAUUUCGGAAUAACCGUGAAAUGAAAUGCAAAAAAAAACAAUUUUCCUUAAUAUGUUUGAGAGCAACUUCGAUUUCUCAGUGUUUUUUUUUCGACCGCCAGAUACUAAAAACAACAUUAGCAGCAGAUAUUGUUUCAUUUUUUUACAAGUAUCUUCAUUAAAUAUUUCUGUGAUACAAGAUAGUACACUUGUGAUAAAUACGAUUAUUUUUUAAACUUAACACUGAAACAACUUAAUUAAACAAGCAGCAAGGAAUCAUACAAAUCAGAUUUGACGCAGAAAAACAGAGCGAUGUUAGGUGAAAGUGCAAAUUCCUACGUUUUUUUCUAUUUUCCGUAUCGAGAACUAACUGGUGACAUAUCUGUUUAAAUUUUGAAUAAAUUUUAAGCAAGCCUAACGAAUAAGUCGCGGGAAAGGAAGAAAUCGAAUCUGAUAGGCAGUGAGGUCGAAUAGUGGAACGUUAGCGUCAUCGUCGUUUUUAGGCAGUACGUGAAUAAACUGCCGUAUCAUGUCUGUACACUAGUUAGUGCAGUGGGAGAAAAGUUCAUACAUUAAAAAAGGCCAUUUGCAGUAAAGAUAUAAAUUGAAAUAUUUUCGCUUCAUGUCGAUAAAAAUUGUUGGUUUAAAAUGUGCAUAACGCACUCGAUCCCUUCAUUGAAAAUUAUGUCGUUAACCUUAUGACAUUUUCGUUUUUGAAGUGACACUAAUUUUAAAGUUCCCGUUCGAAUUUGUAUGGUAAUUAUUGAAACACUCACUCACUGCACUGGUAGAAUAGCACCGCUGCGAAAUUUAAAACUAGAAUUUUUUCGUUAAUCGUGCAUCUUUUUUGGCAAUAUUCUCUACGAUAAAAAAUAGUAAAUCUUACUUGCUUCUUCAAAAUUUUUGAAAAGCUUUGAGUUUAAUUUCAUAGGGUUAGUUAUGACUAUAGACAUUUUAUUGAAAGGUGUCCAUAGUUAUAACAAUUGUCUUGCGAACCAAUAAAUUGUCAAGAUACGGAUACGACAAAUACUUCCGAAAUUCAAUAUAAUUUGAACGAUCCACUAAUUUCUUUAACACUUGCUGAAAAAAAUUCAACUUUCAAGAACCAUAUUUCGCCAUACGUACCAUGAGUGCUUUUGUUCGAAUCGGAUUGGUUGAGCGCUCAGAUCGUGUAUAAAAAAAUCAGAAGAAAUUCUUUUAUUUCCCAAAAAGCAAGUUUACAUUGACACACUCUUAUGCAAGUCAUCAGAGAAACGAAUUAUCGGUUGCCGAUCCCUUCAGCGAUAGCACAUGGUAAACUUCGAUAUGACUCUGGUUCUUUUAUAAACCGUUAACUAAAGACUCACUGAAAGGGAGCGAAACAAGGAGUAGUAGUUCUACAGAAUCUUAAACCAGUGUACCUACAAACUACCCAUCGAACAACCUCGCUGAAUAUCUUCUUGAACUCAAGCACCGUCUGCUAGAUAUGGUUCGUCGUACAAUGGGUUGUUUGCCUAUAUUCUUUAUUUUUAGGGCAAAGAAGUACAUUAGUUCAAAUAAACACCAAAACAAAAGCAUUAGGAAACAGAAAUACAUUAUAUUUAAUUCAAAACAGCCACAUGCCAGCAGCCCAAACAUCUGCUUUAGAAGGAUGAAUAACUCCUGGUCAACGAUCUACCCUAAUGUUAUUCUGUUAAUUUAAUCAAGAGUAUGUUGAAACUCAUAAAAAUAACGAUACACAAACACACCCUUAAAAUAACAAGCAAAACAAUGUUACAUAACAUAGGAAUAUACGAAUGCGAAAGUGUCCCACUUCGGUAAUUUAUGUUCAAAUUUUCUCUACCAUUGUUAUAAUUUAAACUACACCUUCCCCCCGAUAGAUAGUUUCUUUUUCUGUAAAUAAAGCAGUAGUGAUUACCUAACGUACACGUUG